AUGUCUCUCGUAGGCAACUUCACCUCCAACUACGACCGCGAGGCCGCAGUUGGCGGCGCCCCUACUCCUGAGAUGCAGGGUCGUCGGCCAUCACAAUCACACUUCCACGAGGAGGACAACCGUCAUGACACAUCAUCUAAUUCAACUACAAUCGCUGCCCAGAACUCGCCCCCUAGGAGCAAUUACCACACUACUACAUCAGUCGAGAAGGAGGUGCCGUACAACCAAGAUGCCGAGGACCAGGAGACCGUCCGAAGAGAACACGAAGUUUUACAGCUCGCAAGACGUCUGACUUCUAACAGCGUGCAAUCUGCUUCGCAUAACCAGAAUCCGUUCAAUGCAACCCCUGGCUCGUCAUUGGAUCCCUCUGGCGGCAACUUCAAUGCUCGUGCCUGGACCAAGGCCAUGAUGAACCUUCAGCUUUCAGACGAUAACGCAGCACCACCCAGGCAAGCAGGUAUCUGUUUCAGGAAUCUCAAUGUCCACGGUUUCGGUGCCGACACAGAUUACCAGAAGAGUGUUGGUAACGUUUGGCUCGGGGGACCUGCACUGCUCAAGAAGCUGAAGGGCGACAAGGGUCGCAAGAUCAACAUUCUGCAGGGCUGUGACGGUGUCGUUGAGGCUGGCGAGAUGCUGGUUGUUCUUGGGCCUCCUGGAUCUGGUUGCUCGACCUUUUUGAAGACAAUCACCGGAGAGACGCACGGCUUCUUCGUCGACGAGAAAUCAAAGCUGAACUACCAAGGUGUCAGCCCAGAGCUCAUGCGGAAAAACUACCGUGGUGAGGCCAUUUACACUGCCGAAGUCGAUGUCCAUUUCCCCGCCAUGACUGUCGGCGAAACGCUCUACUUCGCUGCCCUCGCUCGUCGCCCACGCCACAUCCCUGGUGGCGUCACAGCAGACGAGUAUGCAAAGCACCAGCGCGAUGUCAUCAUGGCCAUGUAUGGUAUCUCGCAUACACUCAACACCCGUGUGGGCAACGACUUCCUCCGUGGUGUGUCCGGUGGAGAGCGCAAGCGUGUCACCAUCGCCGAAGCUUCUCUCAGCCGAGCGCCUCUGCAGGCAUGGGAUAACUCCACUCGUGGUCUUGACUCCGCCAACGCCAUCGAGUUCUGUAGGACUCUUCGCAUGGAGACUGAGAUCAACGGCACCACAGCAUGCGUCGCCAUCUACCAGGCUCCGCAGGCUGCGUAUGACUUUUUCGACAAGGUCUUGGUUCUGUACGAAGGCCGCCAGAUCUUCUACGGGAAAACUACCUAUGCGAAGCAGUUUUUUGUCAACAUGGGCUUCGUUUGCCCUGAUCGUCAGACCGAUGCUGAUUUUCUCACCUCCAUGACAUCUCCGUUGGAGCGUAUUGUCGCCAAGGGCUUUGAGGGCCGCGUUCCUCGUACACCUGAUGAGUUUCACCAGCGCUGGUUGGAGUCGCAGGAGAGGGUUGCGCUCAUGGCUCAGAUUGACGCUUACGAACAGAAGUACCCUGUUGGCGGUGAGAUGGCUCAGAAGUUCGCCGAGUCCCGCAAGCUCCAGCAGGCCAAGGGACAGCGCGCAAAGUCUCCCUAUACCCUUUCCUACACCCAGCAGAUCAAGCUCUGCCUGUGGCGUGGUUUCGUCCGACUAAAGGCCGAUCCCAGCAUCACACUCUCUCAACUCAUUGCCAACUCCAUCAUGGCCCUGAUCAUCUCAUCCGUCUUUUUUAACCUCCAGCCUACCACCGGUUCUUUCUACCAGCGAUCCGCCCUGCUCUUCUUCGCCAUUCUCAUGAAUGCCUUCGGUUCUGCCCUCGAAAUCCUUACUCUCUAUGCUCAACGCCCAAUCGUCGAGAAGCAUUCUCGAUACGCCCUCUACCACCCGUCCGCCGAAGCCUUUGCCAGUAUGUUGACAGACAUGCCGUACAAGAUCGCCAAUACCAUCACGUUCAACUUGGUUCUCUACUUCAUGACCAACUUGCGCCGCGAGCCUGGCAACUUCUUCUUCUUCGUCUUAAUCUCCUUCACCCUUACGCUGGUCAUGUCCAUGUUCUUCCGAUCGAUUGCUUCUUUGUCCAAGUCUCUUGUCCAGGCGCUGGCACCCGCUGCCAUCCUCAUUUUGGGUCUCGUCAUCUACACCGGCUUCGCUAUCCCUCCCAACUACAUGCUGGGCUGGUCUAAGUGGAUCCGCUACAUCAACCCUGUUAGCUACGGCUUCGAAGCCCUCAUGGUCAACGAGUUUUUCGGCAGACAGUUCGAGUGCAACCAGUUCGUCCCGUCAGGUGGUGCCUAUGAUGCCCAGACUGGUACACAGCGCGCUUGCCGCGCUGUUGGUUCCGUACCCGGCCAACCCUAUGUCGAUGGUGGUAUUUACAUCAACUCUGCCUACGAGUACCAGCGCUCGCACAAGUGGCGCAACUUUGGUAUUCUCUGGGUCUUCAUGUUCGGUCUUAUGAUGGUCUACCUGACUGCUACUGAGUACAUUACCUCUUCCAAGUCCAAGGGUGAAGUCCUGGUCUUCCGUCGUGGCUACCAAACUCCCAAGGCCAAGUCCACUGACGAUCUUGAGAACAAUCCCACCGGUCGCCCUGCUGGUUACGCUGACAGCAACGACAACAUCGCAAUCAUUGAGCGCCAGACUGCCAUCUUCCAGUGGAAGGACGUCUGCUACGACAUCAAGAUCAAGGGCGAGCCCCGCCGCAUUCUGGACCACGUUGACGGUUGGGUCAAGCCUGGCACUUUGACCGCCCUGAUGGGUGUGUCAGGUGCAGGUAAGACCACUUUGCUUGAUGUCUUGGCUACACGCACUACCAUGGGUGUCAUUAGCGGUGAGAUGUUGGUUGACGGCAGUCCUCGUGAUGACUCCUUCCAGCGCAAGACCGGUUACGCUCAGCAACAGGACUUGCACUUGGCCACCUCGACCGUCCGUGAAGCCCUUACCUUCUCUGCCCUCCUCCGUCAGCCCGCCCACGUCGCUCGUCAAGAAAAGAUCGACUAUGUCAGCGAAGUCAUCAAGCUUCUUGAUAUGGAAGAGUACGCCGAUGCUGUCGUCGGUGUUCCUGGUGAAGGUCUCAACGUCGAACAGCGCAAGCGUCUUACCAUUGGUGUUGAGCUGGCGGCCAAACCUGCUCUGCUUCUCUUCCUGGAUGAGCCUACUUCCGGUCUCGACUCGCAAACCUCAUGGGCCAUUCUUGAUCUCUUGGACAAGCUGAAGAAGAAUGGGCAGGCCAUUCUCUGCACUAUUCACCAGCCUUCUGCCAUGUUGUUCCAACGUUUUGACCGUCUCCUCUUCUUGGCCAAGGGUGGUCGUACUGUGUACUAUGGCGAUGUCGGCAAGAACUCCAAAAUCCUUGUCGACUACUUCGUCCGUCACAGUGGUGUGCAGUGUCCUCCCGAGGCCAACCCUGCCGAAUGGAUGCUCGAGGUUAUCGGCGCUGCUCCUGGAUCUCACACUGACGUCGACUGGCAUCAGGCAUGGCGCGAUUCUCCCGAGUACGCUGAAGUUCAACGUCACCUUGAAGAGCUCAAGGUUGAACGCUCGCAGCAAAACCGUCUCGAACGCACCAUCUCUGCCCAGAAGCGAGAGGACAAGGCCGCCUACCGCGAGUUCGCCGCUCCUUUCGGUGAGCAGUUCCGCCAGACCACCACGCGUGUCUUCCAGCAGUACUGGCGCAGCCCUGCCUACAUCUACUCCAAAACCCUUCUCUGUGUUUCCUCGGCCCUCUUCAUUGGUUUCUCCAUGUACAAGAUGCCCAACACACAGCAAGGUCUCCAGAACCAGAUGUUCAGUAUUUUCAUGUUGAUGACCAUCUUUGGUCAACUCGUCCAGCAGAUCAUGCCCCACUUCGUUACCCAGCGUGCUUUGUACGAAGUCCGUGAGCGUCCCAGCAAGACCUAUUCCUGGAAGGCCUUCAUGUUGUCCAACAUCCUGGUCGAACUUCCAUGGAACUCCCUUAUGGCUGUCCUCAUCUAUUUCUGCUGGGCGUACCCAAUUGGUCUGUACCGCAAUGCCGAACUCACUGAUCAGGUCCACUACCGUGGUUUCCAGCUCUUCCUGUUUACAUGGAUGUUCCUGUUGUUCACCUCGACAUUUACGCACAUGGUCAUCGCUGGUAUCGAGUCGGCUGAGACUGGUGGUAACAUUGCCAACUUGAUGUUCUCGCUCUGCUUGGUCUUCUGUGGUGUCCUUGCCACACCUGCCUCCUUUCCUCGCUUCUGGAUCUUCAUGUACCGCCUCUCGCCAUUCACGUACUUGGUGUCUGGCCUACUUGCAACGGGUCUAGCGAGAAGUACAGUCCACUGCGCUGCAAACGAGUUUGUCCAUUUCGAUCCUCCACAGGGUGACAAUUGCCUGUCUUACAUGCAGGACUAUAUCAACAUCUUCGGCGGUUACCUGAACAACGAACAAGACAAUAGCGAUUGCGAGUACUGCGCCAUCAAGUCUACGGAUGCCUUCCUUACCCAGCUUUCCUCUAGCUACGACGAUGUCUGGAGGAACUUCGGUAUCCUUUGGGCCUACUGCAUCUUCAACGUCUUCGCUGCCCUUGCUCUCUACUGGCUCAUUCGCAUGCCCAAGACCAAGAAGGAGAAGGCCGACAAAAAGGAGGUCGGCGAACACAAGGGCGCUGCGCAAGGGCAGACGGUGGAGGCGUCCAGCCGUGCAGGCAGCUCCGUCGACAACGAGAAGAUCGGUAACAAAACCACUGCCACAACCGCAUCGCGUGCUCCCUCGGUACCGGAUGUUGGAACCGAGAAGAUCUAA